AUGACCGAUUCUGCAUCGACCAAGUCUUCCUUAACUACCUCUCAGCGUAUUCUCUUCUCGUUAAUCUACCGCGGUCGACUUCCGCAUAUAUCUCUAUUCGAUGAGUAUCACAAAUGUCUUUCAGAAGCUCUCAACAUUCUGGAAGACAAUGGUGCAGCGCCUGUCUUGCCUGAUGGUCGCGUAGGAGGAAAUGCAUGUGCUGUUGUACCUACGUCUUUCUCAUUGUCGCUUCCGGCGGCACUAUUAACAACGAAAUCGGGAAAACUAGCUCGCGCUAAUCUACUGAAAUCAGAUAUUGCUUACGUAAAUAAAUUCGAUACAAAUUCGUGGCAAUGUGAGUACUACAGCUCCAGCGAAAACAUUAAACCAACAUCAGAUACUUCACUAUACUGGGCAUGUCUCAUCCGGGCACCGGAUAUGUUCCAAUGGUCAGAGAAACCAGGAUUUGCUAUGCAUGGUCAUGUAGUCGGCGAUGACGAUAUCUGUGAGAAGUUGGGAAUCCCAGUCAGUGAGAAAGAGACGAGAUUUUCUACUAGAGAAGACAUGGAUGCUAUGAUGAGCCUUUUGAGUAAAUGGUCAUAUCCUCAAUUCAAAGUAUUUGUAAGGCGUGGACAUGGGUUUUUUAUUUUGGGGAAAGAUGCCAAGGACGUAUUUGAAAUUUAUGAGAACAAAGUCAAGGGAAAGCUUACAAAGAUCUACUUUGACUUUCGUCCGGGCAAUGUUGAAUUAGAGGAUCAAGGUGCAAACUAUCAAUGA